GUGGACCCGAGCACAAACUAUGUUGUGUAUGGUGGAGCAUCUCGUGAAAGUAUACCCGAAAUCAACGGGAGUUUCAAGAAAGUUCGGAUAAAUUUAGAUAUCAUGCAAUUACAAUCAAUAGACAGAACAUUCGCGGAGAUAGACAUCGUCGAACAUCAGUUCCAAGUCCGAUACGGGAGGGGAAGGUCGUGUCGCACCCAGAACGACACGUCCGGCUACUUCAGUAUUGACACUACAGGGACGGGGUUGGUCGUAGACCCCGAGCUAGAGUGGAGAUUAUUUGGGUGGUAUCCCUCAAUGAUCACUUUCUCGCGGAGUGCAGACGGCCGUCGAAUAUCUGCGUGGUGUGGUGGAUACUGUGGUGUCUGUAGAGCCGACGGAGGCAUCAAACUCAAGUUCAACCCUCACGACGAAAUAGUCGGAGAUGCGAUGGAGCCCGUGUGUGUAUGACACCGUACAGGAGGGACUUGUCGAUGCACUGAACGAUCUGAUUACUUUUUAUCUGAAAUGUUUAAGAACAAAUGGACAUUAUGAUGAGAUGCCACUGUUUGUAAUCCGAUCUAGCGUGUCGAGGUUUUAAAAGUUGCGAGGUUACCUCCGCCAAUAUCCUGUUGUUUAGUUGAUAUGUCUGCUCGGGCCCAUUAGCAGCAUUAUUGUUGUCCCUAAUUUGUUCCAACCGGGACAUACACUGUGUUUGAGCUCCAAAUGGGACAGGAGUUAAAAAUGGAAU